AUGGCCGAGGUGAAUACCUCGGAAGCCGAGGACCAGAAGGUCCAGGUUACGAAAGAUGUGCACGCCACAAUGAACCAGGAGGCUCUAAUUGGAGCCAACUCCCCGGACAACAGUACUGAGGAUAUCGGCCCUUCAAAAGGUGGAAGGGAGGGUCUGAAUUCACCCGAGCUCCCUCCAACGUCCUCGGAGCUACCCUUGGUGUCGCCCGUGUCAGAACGGGCCACGGUCGAAGGAUCGACAGUGAUGGAGGAGAUCCUAGCCAACUCUUCCAUUGCCGAUGAGCACCGCACCUUAAUGGGUGUGGUCUUGCGGAGCAUUCAGUCUGUUAACAGCGGACUAAAUGAAGCCUUUACCGACUUAUUGACGGGCUUUAAGGCCUCGUCAUCGGCUGCCAAUGCUAGCGCAUUGGAAAUAGCCGAACUCAAUCGAAAACUUCAAGUUUCUGAUGAAGAUCUUGACCGCCUCAACGGUCGGUUUGACGAGAAGCAGGCAGCUCAAGACAAAGAGCUAGAGAAGCUCCGAGCGAAGGUGGAGAGGGCUAAACGAGAGGCCAUUUCACACAAUGUAACGGCUGAACAAGCAAUCGCCGAGCUGGACGCCCUUAAGGCGGUGAGAAAGCAAUAUGAGGUAAGGGUGAUGGAGGUCCAGCAGGAGCUGGAGGAGGUGAGCUUGAAGUGCGAGGCCUUUGAGCAAAAAUCCAAAGAUCAAGCGGCCGAGCAAACCAAGCUAUCCGCCGAGAUCCAAUUAGAGCGUGUAGAGCGGCGGUUCUUUGAAGAAGAAGUGCGGCAGGUCAAGCUUAUGGCAACCGAUACUGUGGGAACUAAGAAGGGCAUGCAGGAGCCGAGUGAUCGAAAAGAAAAGAUGGCUGCUCAUGCCCCCUUGUCUCCAGAGGCGCGCAGCCGUGCUGCCAUCCUGCCGCUGCUGCGUAUACUAGAAGAUCAUGGUGUAGAUGCGAGGAAGAGCAGGCCGGCGGCGACCUCCUCCAAGGCCGGCAGGAAGAAGAAGGUGCUGCUGCUCACCGUGGUAGUGUCCAUCGCGUUCUUGUGCGCCCUCCUCAAGACCAGAACCCUCUCCGGCCGGAUACUGCUCCACAAUCCUCCAGCUCCUACUAUCAGUAUCCCUCGCCCCCCCUACGCCGCUCACCGGCGCGUUCGGUGGGACAGCGUCACCGCCUCCCUGGUGGCAGCGCAGGCGGGUUCGGUGGCGCUGCUCAACUUCAGCCCGGCGGAGGUGAAGCGGUGGAGGAAGCUGCGGCCACUCCACACGACAGUCCGAGCAGUGCGGUUGCAGGCCGUGGACAGAGCCGUCACCUGGGCCGCCCUCUACCCGGAGUGGAUCGACGAGGACGGUAACGGCACCAGCAGCGGCAGGUGCCCCUCACUCCCAGAACCCGAAGAUCAAGGAGGUCGGCGCUUCGACCUCGUCGCCGUCAACCUCCCGUGCCGCAGCCGUAACGAUAGCGGCAGCUGGUCCAGGGACGUGGACAGGCUCCAUCUCCAGCUCUCCGCCGCCAAGCUCGCCGUCUCCGUCCACUCGUCACACGUCCUCCUCGUCUCUGACUGCCUCCCACUCCCCAACCUCUUCCCAUGCAAGCACCUCCUCCACCGACACGGCCACGCCCGGCUCUACAGGGCUCACGCUGCCUACCUCCGCCCGCGCACCCGCCUCCCCGUCGGCUCAUGCGACCUCGCCCUACGUCUUCCGACGAGUCCUACGAAGCCGCUUACGGUGCUCAGGCGGCGGCGGGAGGCGUACGCGACGGUGCUGCACUCGUCGGACGCCUACGUGUGCGGUGCCAUCGCGGUGGCGCAGAGCAUCCGGCAGUCGGGCUCCACUAGGGACCUGGUGGCGCUGGUGGACUACGGCAGCAUCGGAGCCGAUCAGCGAGCCGGCCUGACGGCAGCGGGGUGGCAGGUGCGCGCCAUGGACGGCCGCAUCCGCAACCCGCACGCCGUGCCUGGCACGUACAACGAGUGGAACUACAGCAAGCUCCGCCUCUGGCAGCAACUCACCGACUACCGCAGGAUCGUGUUCGUCGACGCCGACCAGCUCGUGCUGCGCAACAUCGACUUCCUCUUCGACGCCCCGGAGGUGAGCGCCACCGGGAACAGCCGGACGCUCUUCAACUCCGGCGUCAUGGUGCUGGAGCCCUGCAACUGCACGUUCGACAUGCUCAUGGCGCGCGUCCGCGACGUCCGGUCAUACAACGGCGGCGACCAGGGGUUCUUCAACGAGAUCUUUACAUGGUGGCACCGCCUGCCGCGCACCGUCAACGUCCUAAAGUACUACCACCAACAGGGCCAUGCUGGUCCUGCAGCCUCGGCGCCGCCGUCGCCGGAGCCGUACCUGCUGCACUACCUGGGCAUCAAGCCGUGGCUGUGCUUCCGCGACUACGACUGCAACUGGAACGUGCCGUCGCUGCGCCAGUUCGCCAACGACGAGGCGCACGCGCGGUGGUGGACGGUGCACGACCGGAUAGCGCCGAGGGAGCUCGCCACCAAAUUCUGCGCGAUUCCGGGGAGGCAGAGGUCGGCUCUGGAGUAUGACCGGAGGCAGGCGGAGAUGGACAACGCCACAGACAUGCACUGGAGCCGUCCGAUCACUGACCCAAGGAACACCCAACAACUCUUGUUGUCAAUGCCACCUACCGCUUGA